AGCGUUCGAGUCUACGUCCCAUAGAAGAUGGCCCUCAAGCGCAUCAACAAGGAGCUCCAGGACCUCGGCCGGGACCCCCCGGCGAACUGCUCCGCGGGCCCGGUGGGCGACGACUUAUUUCACUGGCAGGCCACGAUCAUGGGCCCCGACGACAGCCCGUACACGGGCGGCGUUUUCUUCCUGAACAUCCACUUCCCCGCGGACUACCCGUUCAAGCCCCCGAAGGCGCGCGGCCCGCGCCCCGCACGCUUCACGACGCGGAUUUACCACUGUAACAUCAACGCGAACGGGGGGAUUUGCCUGGACAUCCUCAAGGAUCAGUGGUCGCCCGCCUUGACGAUAUCAAAGGUGCUGCUCUCCAUCUGCUCCCUGCUGACGGAUCCCAACCCCGACGAUCCGCUCGUGCCCGAGAUCGCGCAGAUCCUUCGGACGGACAAAAAGAAACACGACACGACCGCGCGGGAGUGGACGCACAAAUAUGCGAUGUAGUCGAUCCCCGCGGCCUCUGAUCAUACCAUCCAAGCGCGAACGCCGCGAGACCUCC